UAGCAUUUACGGUUUGGGCGAAGAACAUUGACUACUUGUAAAAUCUGAUGAUUCUAUCUCAUCGAAGUUCUUCCCCUUCCUUUCUGGUUGUUUCCUCAGUAAAGCCUGUGCUUGCUGCUUAGAUAGGUGUUUUGUUGUACAUUUCGAUUUUGGGUUCCUAUCCAUCGGAGCUGUUCCUACUAAAAAAAGAAACUCGUGUGGAUUUAAAAUGCCCCGAGGGCAGAUUAAUUUAAAAUGUUCCAAGUAGCAUCGCUACCGCUGAAUACCCCCGGGCUACCUAUCGGCCUAUCACUCUCCCACCCACUCGGUGACUCACCCACCAUGACGAGGCUCCUCGUCGCGGCGUGCCUCGCUGCCGUUCUCGCCGUGGCCUGGCCCUGCCGGUGCCACGAGGCUGCCGAGCAUGCGGCGGCGCUGCCGCGGUCGCUGUCGACGUCGUCGCGGUGGAUCGUGGACGAGCGCGGGCGGCGCGUGAAGCUGGCGUGCGUGAACUGGCCGUCCCACCUGGAGCCGGUGCUUGCGGAGGGCCUUGGCCACCGCCCGCUGGGCGCCAUCGCGGCCGGCGUCGCCGCCAUGGGGUUCAACUGCGUGCGCCUCACCUGGCCGACGUUCCUGGCCACCGACGACUCCUACGCCUCCCUCACCGUGGCGGAGUCCCUGCGGCGGCUCAACCUGACGGGCGCGCUCGCCGGCGUCGGGGCCAACAACCCCGGCGUGGCGGACCUCAGCCUCGUCGACGCGUUGGGCGCCGUGGUGCGCGCCCUGGGCGCCAGCGGCGUCAUGGUGAUCCUGGACAACCACGUGAGCCGCCCCGGCUGGUGCUGCCGCGCCAACGACGGCAACGGAUUCUUCGGCGACGCCGACUUCGAUCCGGAGGUGUGGAUCGACGGCCUCGCCAAGAUGGCCGCCAUGUUCGCCGGCGCGGACAACGUCGUCGGCAUGAGCAUCCGGAACGAGCUCAGGGGCCCCCGGCAGAACACCGACGACUGGUACAGGUACAUGCAGCGCGGCGCCGAGGCGGUGCACGCGGCGAACCCGCGUGUUCUCGUCAUCCUCUCCGGCCUGAACAACGACAACGACUUGAGCUUCCUCAACCAACGCCCCGUCCACCUAAGCUUCUACCACAAGGUGGCUUUCGAGGUGCACUGGUACAGCUUCUCCGACCCGCACCAGUGGACCGGCGGGAACGCCAACCGUGUGUGCGCGCGCGUCGCGGCGAGCGUGGCGCGGCGCACGCUCUACCUGCUGGACCGUGGCUGGCCCGUGUUCUUGAGCGAGUUCGGCGUCGACAACCGCGGCGGCAACGCCGCCGACAACCGGUACUGGGGCUGCGUCGCCGCCGCGGCCGCCGGUCUGGACCUGGACUGGGCGCUCUGGGCGCUGCAGGGGAGCUACUACCUCCGGGAGGGCGUCGCGGGGCACGACGAGGCGUACGGGGUGCUCGACCACGCCUGGCUCCGGGCGCGCAACGGCACGGCGCUGCGCAGGCUCCGCGCCCUGCAGCGCCCGUUCCGGGGCCCCGGCCUCGCGGAGGCGCCGCCGUACCAGGUUCUGUUCCACCCGGCGACGGGGCUGUGCGUGGUGCGGCGCCGCCCGCCGGCGCUGCCGCUGGACCUGGCCCUGCCGGAGCAGCCGCUGGAGCUGGGCCCGUGCAACGAGACGGAGGCGUGGGAGUACAACCGGGAGCACAGGCUGGUGCUGCGGGACACUUGGCUCAGGCUGUGCCUCCGCGCUGAUGGCGCCGGCCGGCCGGUGCGCCUCGGCCUGGGACGCGCGGGGUGCGCCGGCGCUCAGGCCCGGUGGCUCCUCGCGUCGGACUCGAAGCUUCACGUUGCCGUUGAGGUGCGGCCGUCCUCGUCGAGGAGCGAGAUGCUCUGCCUCGACGUCGGGGCGGACGGCCGGAGCAUCGUCACCAACCGGUGCCGGUGCCUGAGCGGCGGCGGCAGCGGAUGCGACCCGGAGAGCCAGUGGUUCAAGCUGGUGAGCAGCACGAGGAAGGUGGUGGCGAACAACAGCACACUCGCACAACUGCUGCUUUCAAUGCUUAAAUACUUGGAGGUUUUGUUGUUGAGCUUGUUUUGAUCAGCAUCGAUAGAUCCGACAUAAUUGGGAUGUGAAGCUAACUAAAUAACAUGUUUCUCCGGCUGCCAUAUUGUCCAACAAUGAAAUAGAGCAGUAUUCUUGGGGUA